GAGAGAGAGGAAGGGGGAGGAGAGAGAUGAUAUUAGGAGAGAAGAAAGAGGAGGAGAAAAAGAAGGAGGAGGGGAAAAGAAAGCCAGGAAUAGCAGCUUGGACAGAUGUGCAGAAUCAAGAGCUGGUGUUGCCAUCCAAACCCCCAGAACACUGGCGAACAGACACAAACACUCCUGCGGUAUCACCAUGUAGUUCUGAAAAAAGCAGAAUGCGGGGACUGCAGGGUCCACCUCAGAUGAGUGAGAAGAGCAGAGGGAUGCUGUGAAGCCAAAGCGUGUAAUUCCAGCCGCUGUCUUUGGAACAUCCGCACAUAAGGAAACAUGUAUGCCUUCUAUUCUCUGCUGGUCUACAUCUUUUACACCGUCUUUAAAAAAGAGGAGGAGGAGGAGGCAGCGCUCGAGGGGGCGUCUGGAGAAUCCCCUGAGGAGCCUGGCCAUGUUUCCAUGGAAACAGUGAGGAAGGGGAAGGGUAGUCACACACCCAGGUUGGGCAAAAGGGGGUUUGCAAGACUGGCUGAUUCAAGCAGCAGCAGUGAUAGUGAUGGUGCAUCUGUAAGUGAUGAAGAUGAUGAGUUCAAUGAAGGUCAUGGAUUACCUGCUAAAACACCAUUAACAGCUUUUCUGUCAUUCAAGCAAGAGGCGGAAAAGCGAAGAGUCACUACUUCUCCUGCAGAACCAAGUGAAAAGGUGUCUGAGUCUCCAUUGCUGUCUGUGAUGUCACACCUCCUGAGCUUCCUGGAGCAGUAUUCGCACCUGCAACAGCUGCAGCAGCAGGCGGAUCAGUACCGCCUGCAGCUGCGCAGACACCGAGCGCAGCACCGGAGGAAGAUGAAGGCCCUGCGUGCCUCCUACCGACAGCGUCUCCGAGACAAGAACAGUGUGAUCAACAGCCUGGAGGAAGUCCUCGCUCAGCAGCAGAGCCCGUCACCUGAAUCUGAAGGUGACUGCGUGCUUCCUGCAGUGUCUCCGGUUGGCCUGCAUAAGCUGGUUCAGUCUCUCUGCGGACUGCAGGGAGAGAAAAGUCAGCUGAGAGGAGAACUGCGCUCGCUUCAUUCCCAGCUCGAGCAGAGAGAACAAGAUCGACACACUAAAGUACAGGCCUUCCAGCAGCAGAUUGAUGAGCUGAAGAGCUGCAUUGAGGAAAGGGAAGAGGAGCUGUCCAGACUCAGAGCUGCGUCGGGAGUAACAGACUCCGAGAAACGAGUGCUUUGCUUGUCAGCAGAGAAUGAGAGUUUAAAACACAGCCUCACAGUAACGCAGGGUCUUCUGCAGCAGCUCUCAGUCAUUCCAUCCCAGUCCAGCUCAGUGCUCAUCAAGGAAAAUGAGAACCUGCGCAGUCGUGUUCUGCAGCUGGAGAGUUCAUUGCAGCAGCGGGCAGAGCAGAUGUCCCGUCUGGAGCACCAGAGAGAGCAGAGCGAGUGGACGAGGGCAGAAGAUAUCAGGAGACGAGAGGAAAGAGUGAGAGAGCUGCAGCUUCAGUUGGACAAAGAACGCAACAAGGAGCCUGUGGUUAAAUAUGUUACCCAAACUGUAGAAGUCGAGUCACCUUCAACUCUUCGCCAACUCUCUGAAGCCAAACAACAGAAUGAACGACUUUCUGAGAAGCUGAGCAGUCAGAGAGAUCGAUGCCGGCAGCUGGAGGAGAACAUCAGACGUUCGGAUGAAGUCAGCUGCAAUUUGCAACACAAGAUUGCUGCGUAUGAAAAGGAGAUGGGGACGCUGCGGGAGGAGCUGCUGAAGGAGAUCGGACAUCUUGAGGAAAAGAAAGAGGCAGCUGUGAAAGCAGCAGCUAACUGUUCUGAGGAGCAUCUGCAGAGCCUGCAGGACCAGUUCACAACCCUCCAGAAACGCUUGACUGCUCUUCCUCCUACAUUGCGGUCCAUGAAGACUGACUAUGCCAGUCUUCGCAGUCAGGUCCGCAACUUUUCAGAUUUCUAUGGAUCAGCUAUCAAAGAAGCCAAGAAACAGAUUGUGGCAGCUAUAAAUGAGAUGUCAGAGGCCAACAAAGACCUUCUGGAAAAAUACAGGAAGGAGGUUGCUCUCCGCAGGAAGUACCAUGAGCAACUGGUUGAACUUAAAGGUAAUAUCCGUGUGCUGUGCCGUGUAAAGCCAGUACUGAAGGAAGAUCAGCAUGAAGAAGGCCAAGCAGUAGUUGUGACAACAGACCCCAAUAAUGAAUCUGCACUCAUAGUUUUAAGCAAAGGAAAAGCCAAAAACUUUGAGCUAGAUAAAGUAUUUCACCCUCAGGCCACUCAAGAAGAGGUGUUCCAGGAAAUUGAGCCACUUAUCACUUCCUGUAUAGACGGAUAUCAUGUUUGCAUCUUUGCUUACGGUCAGACAGGAUCCGGCAAGACAUAUACUAUGGAGGGUACUGUUGAAAACCCCGGCAUCAACCAACGGGCCCUGAAACACCUGUUCAAUGAGAUUGAGGAAAGAAAGGACAUGUGGACAUACACCGUCAGUGUCAGUUCAGUGGAAAUUUACAACGAGGUCCUGAGAGAUCUACUUAGUAAGGACGGAGAGAAGCUUGAUAUCAAGAUCAACCCUGAUGGGACUGGUCAGCUCCAUGUUCCAGGACUCAGGGUCUUAGAGGUCAAAAACUUCCAGCAUAUCAAAAAAAUUUUGGCCAUAGCUCGAAAAAACAGGAUCACAUUUGGAACGCAGAUGAACCAGCAUAGCUCUCGAUCUCAUGCCUUGCUCACUGUGACUGUGCUGGGCACAGACCUCGCCAGUGGUGCCAAAACCACCGGCAAGCUGAAUCUGGUGGAUCUGGCUGGUUCUGAGAGGGUAUGGAAGUCUGGAGCAGAGGGUGAGAGACUGAAGGAAGCCCAGAAUAUCAAUCGCUCACUGCUGGCUCUAGGAGAUGUGAUCCAGGCCUUGAAGGCCCACCAGACUCACAUACCAUUCAGGAACUCACGACUCACCUACCUGCUACAGGACUCGCUGGGAAAAGGCAACAAAACCGCCAUGGUUGUUCAGGUUUCGUCUCUUGAAAGCAAUGUUGGAGAGACCCUGUGCUCACUCAAAUUUGCCCAGCGAGUAUGCAAGGUGGAGCUUGGUCCUGCUGCACGGAAAAUCGAGACAGGAGGUCACAAUGAAAACAAAAGUUAAUGCAAACCAUCAACCCUCACAAGGAUCCACAGGACCAGUCGAUGGACAAGCCUUGCACUUUUCAGCCUGUGGUCAAAGCUUCCAAUCCAACUCAAGGGCUACAUUUCUGGAAAUGUCUAUGACUCCACAUGAGUUCCAGUUUCUUCCUGCUACAUAGCAAUGGCAUUUCUCCACCAGCAGAAAUGCAUGUCAAAGUCUCACCUACAUCAGUAUCAAGACAAGCUGUCCGUCAGUUAAAAAUAUGACUGACUGAAAAAUCUUCACAAGGAAGGAGUGGUGAGGAUAUUUCAGAUAAUCUUACAUAAAACAAUGUUUUGGAGUCACAACACAAGAGACCACAGUAUCCAAAUUGUGUAAAACGCUUGAAAUUUAUACCGAUAUUCACUCAAAGAAAAGUUAUUUGGUAUAAUAUAUAGUCUAGGAGGUAAUGGCCAAGUGUUACUGUGUAUGACUGGUGUGGACAUCCAUAAUUAUGUUGUGUUACGUGUAGAACCAGCCAAUAUAUCUUUGUUCACUGCACAAGGUGGUGGUAUUUAAAAUACAGGCUAAUAACCAGAAGGUCACACUUUCAUGGUGAUUCACGAAUGGUAAAGGAAGUCAGGAUUUGGAAAAGCAAGCAUCUGCUAUAGAUGAGAAUGAAUGUAACUACAGCUCAUGAUACUAUGUGCAAUAGCACCUCUUAGUGGUGGACUUCUUAUGUUUUGGGUUUGGAAGUAACCACAUUGGGGAAAAUGUUACUAUUAACAAUAAUAUACAUUCAUCAUUAAUUCUAAAUUACCAACCAUACAACUAUCAAGAUAUUUAAAAUGUAAAAAGUAUUAACUUUGAGAUGUUUAGGAUACAUUUAAGUUUAAUGUAAAUUGUCAUUGUUGUUUAGUCAUGUUAGUUAUAGCCAUGUUACAGUGGGAGGAUGAGGAAUGCACUUUAACGCUGAAGACUUGUGCUGCCCAUACAACUUGUCUUUUAACCAAAAUCAGAGUAGGUCUAUUAGUUUGUUUCUGAAAGUUAGAAACUAUUAAAAGGGAUAGUUUACCCAAAAAUGAAAAUUCUGUAUCACUUAUGAAAUCACUGUUCACUUAUGAAAAAAGCUGAAAACCUGUAACCAUUGGCUUCCAUACUAGGAUAAACAAAUAAUAUAGAAGUCAAAGGUUUCAGGUUGUCAGCUUUCUUCAAAAUACCUUUGUUUGUGUUUAGCAGAAGAAAGAAACUCGAAAAGGUUUGGAAUGUACACUACCAGUCAAACGUUUGGAAUCAGAAAGAUCAUGUUUGAUUACCAAUGCUGCAUUUUUAUAUGAUCAGUAAAAACUGCUCAAUUGUGAAAUAAUACAAUUUUAAGUAAAAAAAAUUUGAUAUUGAAUGUUAUUUCAAAUUUUAUUUAUUCCUGUGAUUUAAAGCUGAAUUUGAUCAUCACUACUCCAGUCUUCAGUGUCACAUGAUCAUUCAGAAAUCAUAAUAAUAUGCCGAUUUGCUGCAGAUAUUUCUUGCUAUGAUAAUUGUUCUAUUAUGAUCAGUUAUUUCUGGUACUGAAACUUUUCAGAAAUUUUACAAUGCUGAAAAACUUUUAUCUUGCUUCUUAGUAUCAUAGAAAUUGUAAUACAUUUUACUUUUAAGAUUCGUUGACAAAAGUUACAAAUAAUAGAACUUAUUUGCAUUUUGUUUUUACAUUAUAAAUACAUUUACUUUCCCUCUUAAGCAAUUUAUUGUGAUAAUUAAUGCAUUCUUAAUGGUACAUUUGAAAGUUAUAGUAUCAGCAGUUAUUGUAUCACCAACUACAAUAAUUAUAAUAAGGGAGGCGUCUUCUUAAACAGAUCAUAAUAAUUUAAAAAAUGAUGUGACACUGAAGUGUAACCAUGCUUAAAAUUCAGAUUUAACCCACAAAAAUCAAUUACAUGUUAGCUACAUUCAAUAACAGCUAUAUAUCAUACUGCAAUAACAUUUCAUAUUCUUGAUUUUAUAAAUGCAGCCUUUGUGAGCAGAAUAAGCUUAAUAUAGAACAUUUUAAAAGUCUUAAUGAUUCCACGCUCAUCACUAGUGGUGUACAUCAUCACAAAAAGGUUAAUGU